UAUCACCGCGUCUACAUUACCUGUCUUCCAUAUAACAGGGCCCCAUGACCGGAAGCCUAUUAUAUCGUAAGGCAAGGUAACUUACACGCCUAUUUUCCUGCACGAGGCCAAUAGAUAGGACUGACUUUUAUUGUACAGCCUUCUGGUUUCGGAUUGAUCGUUCUGAAUUUGUGUCGAACAUGUUAACGUUUGGAUAUAAGAAGAGGGAAUGAAUGAAAACAGAGGGACAAUAAGUCCCCCACAACCUUACACACCGUAUAGCACUGUCCACAUCAGAGAUGGACGAGUCAUCGUGGACCUGAUGUUGAUGGGUGACCGCAGUGCUGGGAAGACGAGCAUUAUUGGACGAUUUGUGGACGGAAUAUUUGACAAUCCAUACUAUUGGACUGGCUGUAGUUUUUAUGUGAAAAAUGUUUGGAUGGACAACUCUGACGUGAAAUUAAGACUGUGGGACACCGCGGGAGGUGAACGGUACAGGGGUCCUGGUAGAUCAUCCUACCGACAUUGUCACGGCGUCAUUAUCGUGUAUGACGUCACAAACAUGUCCAGCUUUGACAACAUUAACAAGAUAUGGCUGCGAAACAUAGAGGAGAAUGGAUCGAGUGACCUUGUAAUAUUAAUCGUGGGGACCAAGUGUGAUCUCCCGGGUCGACAAGUUGAUUACGUCACUGCGAAGAACUUUGCCGACAGUCUAAACAUACCGCUGAUCGAGACAAGUUCCUUGACUGGAUACGGAAUUGACCGUGCUGUCAUGUCCGCCGCAGUCAUGUCUAUGAAAAAUAUUACACAAAACGCGUCCGCCGUUAGUGAACUUGAAUAUAAAAAUAAACUUAGGAAAGUCGACAAUGGCUGCCAGAUAUCCUGACAUCAACCCCAUUCAGAUGUAGGGGAGGAACCAUGGCGCUGGCUGUCAGCUGACCGUCACCACCUCUGUACGGACUGUUCAAGUUUCAAGUGUACGGCCAUCCCGCUAGCAUUGGCAAUAGCUGUCAGUUCUACUAUUGGUCCAAGUGCAACGAAAAUGGAUGUUAACUACAAUGGCAAUCCAAAAGUCUUACAAUAGCUGACGCCAUCUCUAACUUGUUCGACGGCCAGCUGUCCAAGACAUAACAAACACUAGUAUCUACAGUAACUGAAGGAUGGAUCUAGAGACCUUUAUCUGAGUUAACACUCAAUGAUACAGGACAUAUCUCAAACUACCAUGACGCUCCAUAAAAAACGUAGUUAUUCCACAGUAUGUGUCUAUAGGUAUUGAACUGUCAAGGUGCUUAUAAUCAAAACGAACUUAAAGGCGAGGUCGGAAUAUGCAAUCUAAUUUUGAAAAUAGUUCUAUAUUAUUUUGUUAUAGUUAAACUGUUAGACUUUACUUUAUAUUGUUUACCAUAACGAAUACAUUUAAUGAGAUUGUUAAGAAUAUGAAUUCGAUGAUACAAGACCAUUUUAAUGUGCAAUAUUAUCGUUAAAUUGUAUUUCAUUUGUUUGUUGAGAUAAUAGUUUUGCUGAACAUAUUUCAAGUGUUUACAAGCUACAUGCAUUACAGUGUUUUCUGCUUAAAAACGACUGAAAAGAAGCUUUAAUAUCUGGUGAAUUAAAAUGAACCAGAUUUAAUAUAAUCCUUUUAACAUAGAAUAACAAUAUCCCAUGAUGCUUUAUGGUAUAUAUAUUCCCAUAUAAUGCCUGUAUACAUGUAGGUUAUGUACAGUAUUAUUUCCAUUGUGAGUCUCGCACAUAUGUGAUUAAAUGUAUCAUCAAGGUCGUUUAGGGAAGAAAGGCGUUUAUAAUGCUAUGAUUUGUGCCCGAUUCGCCUUUCACAUUGAUGGCAAUUAAAUAUGUUUAAACCAUACCUUAUCAUAGUUUGUUUAAAUACUAUUCACCAAUACGCCUUUUCUUUCCUAAAUUCCAACCACCUGGUCUUGGUUACAGCUACACUUUAUUAUUUUCUAAAAUAAAUAUAUUUUAAAGUCCAGAUUGCUAACGUUCGGUCGUAAUCAAGACCAGGACGUCGACAAAAAUAAUUAUAUUGAAAGAUUUGUUUUGGUUUUGUUUGUUUUUUAUUAUUAUUUUUAGUAUUGUUUAACGUCGUAUCAACAGCGGCCUCUCCCAUAUGCUAGAUGCAUGCGGGUGAUGAAUGUGUGUGUAUUUUGGGAGGCUGCAAUUUGUUCAUGUUUUGUCUCCUUGCGAUAGCACAGAACUGGUUCCGAUUCUAAAGUGCUACUUCGCUGAAGCAUACUGCCGAAGACACCCAGCUGGACACCUCACUUGGUCAUAUUAUACCAACAAUGAUUGAAACAGUCGUCAUACUCCCGAUAUGACGAGCGUUUAGCAACUACCGUUAUUUUUUAGACUCUGGUGAGUCUCAACUACGGGACAGAACCCAAAGCAUUCCUCACAAUGGCGAACGCUCAACUGAAGACCAAAAGUGAGGCAAUUUCAAUGGAUAUAUUAGGGAGAAGAAAAGUUUUUACACGCUAGCUCCAGCUCCCGGCUACCUCCCUGAGCUAAUACGUUAACAAUGUAUUAUACUAGGCGUUUCGGAAGGUUAAGUGUCUUCUGUUUUAUCCUUAACUGUCGUGUUGCGUUCUCAAAAAGAAGUGUAUUGUCAACAAAAAUUAUAGCUAUCAUAUUCUUCACUACUCUAAGAAUUCUGUGGUUCUACGUACACCACAACUUCUAGACAGAUUAAAAAACAACAAUGAACGGAUAACGCAUUUUGAACAAACAUACAGAAUGAGAAACAUUGGCUUAUCUUACAGAUAAUCUAGUAAUACGUUAUAGAUACAUUUGUACAUAUAUUACUAAUAUUAAAACAACAAACCUGGAGAUCGCAUGACAUGAACACCGAAAUAUAGUUUGACCUGACUGAUAUUUAUUUACCUGUAUCUAUGAUAUCGACAUUUUAAUGAUGUAAAAGGUAGCGCAUUGCGAACUAAGGAUGAAUGAUCUGCUUCUGAAAGUAUGGAGAAUACAUGUACAACAAUGGUUUUCAGAACUACUUCUGAAGUUUAAUCUACAGUCUGAAUUCAAACCUAGAUUAUCUCAAUCUUUAGCUAGUCCAGAUACCUUUUCUCUUAAUUUCUCAGGUGCAGGAACAUCGUGGAACUUUAAGUGUCCUUCCCUGGUGUCAGAAGCAUUCAAUGAUUGAAAAUGUAGUUUCUUGUUAUACAUGUAUAGAUUGUUUACCCGUUUCUCUCUUUGGGCACAGUAAUAAUAAUAAAAGGUUUUGAAUUA